GUGUGCGCGCGCUCGGUGUGAUUGAGGCUCGUGAGAAGAGAAGAGAAGGAGAAGAGAAGAGAAGAGAAGAGAAAUGCGCAAAGCCAGAGGAGCGAAGAAAGCUCCGUCCCCGUGGGAUCCACACUCCGAUAAGAAGCUCCUUGAAGCCUCCAGCGACCUGCUCAGGUGUGCUGAGGAUGGAGGAGCCGCUCCACGCGCCAGGAAGAAAGCCUACAAACCCCCAGAUGUGAGGAGCAUAUUCGGGAGGAGAGGAGAGGGACAUGAGUUCAGAGAAGCAGCAUCAGAAGGAUGGUGUGAUGUGUGCUGUGCCAUCAUCUUCCAGGGGGGCCUGAUGUGUACAGGUUGUAAGUACACCUGUCAUGCACACUGUCGUGACCAUGUGACACUCGACUGCCAUCAGAAUGGAUCUUCUAGCGACGUUCCGCUGAGUCCCGUCAACCAAGACCAUCUCAACAACAACCAGGCUUCCCACAGUGAUGCCGAGAAGGAGAAAAACCUUCGGACUCGUCUCAGUUAUGAGGAGCUCCGGCACAAGAUCGACUUGUAUAACGCAGCGACAAGAGACCACUUUAAAAUGACACUGAAUGUUGAUGGCUUGUACACAGGCUUCAUAAAGGUGCAGUUGGAGUUGCGGCGGCCCAUCACUGUGACGGGAGAAGUAGCAGGGAUAAAGGCAGCGGAGGCGUUUUAUUUACCACGCGGCUCUGUAAACACUCUGCACAUCAGCAGCUCCAACACGGUACAGCAGGUGAUCGAGGCUCUGCUGCACAAGUUCACCGUGGCUGACAACCCAGCCAAGUUCGCCUUGUACAAACGCUUCCGCCGCGAGGACCACGUGUGUGUAUGUAAGCUGUCCGAGGGAGAAAACCCUUUGCUCCUGCGUCUGCUGGCUGGGCCAAACCUGGACACACUCAGCUUCGUCCUCAGAGAGCAGCAGACGGGCGAAGUCAUGUGGGACGCUUUCUCCAUCCCUGAGCUGCAAAACUUCUUGCGUAUCCUGGAAAAGGAGGAACAGGACCAGGUCCGUGUGAUAACCGCACGCUACAACAUCUACCGAGAGAAGCUGGAGGAGGCACUCCAAGCAACAAGCAAUCCUAAUUAAUAGUGAUUUACUUCUGUCUCUCUCUCUCACUCUCUCUCUCACACACACACACACACACACACACACACACACACACACACACACACACACACAGAGGACUGGUGCGUCAGGAGGCACACCGAAUGAACUAUGAGGUUGACGCAUGUCUCUCAGAAACUCUGACCUCCAGAGAACAUGUGGGAUUGCUCCUUUAUCUGUGCCACACUUUCCCAGAGUGCCAUAUUCUCAUCUCUCCCACACUUUUUUUUUUCUUUUUUUUUUCUGUCCCCCCCCGUCAGUUACCUCUUGAACUUGUGAAUGAUGCAAGCUUGAGAAUCUGUUCUGUUUGAUUAUUUUAUUUAAUUGAUGGUUUGUACAUAUUUUUUUUUAAUUUAUGUGGGGAAGCUUUUUUUUUUUUAAUCUAUAUUGUUGAGUGUCUUAUUUUAUUUUUAAGUCAUAGCAACAAGCCAAAAUGAAUCGAGAGAGAGGCAGUGACAGUAGGUUGUGCUGACCUGCAAGUUUCUUUAACCAAAGAAUAAGUAAAGCUGACCUUGUUCAGAUGGAAGUAGACCUGAUACAGAUUUAGAUGACGGUCCAAGUCUGCGUAAAACGGUUCUGUUUUAAUUUGGGCCGGUUCUACAUCAGCACUGUGAGGAAUAGAGACAAGCUGCAGUACCAGUGUUAGUAUUACCACCAGGCCUCUGAAUGACUCCACAGGACAGGAGAGCACACUGACAGGACAUUUGCAAGUAAGGGAAGAUUUUUAGUGCUGGGAAUCCAGAUGGAAAGUAUGAUGUGUAGAAAUUUGAUCAUAAACUAUAAGAUGAAGAAGGAAGACCGGAUGUAGGAAACGCCCAAUACGAGGCAUGAGAACGGAGAAUGAGUGAAAAUGCUGGUGGUUUCAAGCAAAGUUAGUUCAGAGUCUGAUGAAAAGACUUCUAAACUCCGAGAAGUAGGGCAUGUUGUCGUGGAGCAGAAGCAGUUACAGGAAGUUGACAUGGAGAUUAGAGGAAGUUGAAAUGCAUUUAGAGGAACAUUCAUGCACUGGUCUGGGAACAAACCUAAUGAAUACAGAUCUGGUGCUCAUCUCAUGCUGAGCUCAGAGGCUUGACUUGUCUUUAGUGCCAAACGUCAGUUUAAAACUGCUGGUCAGUAUGUAUAAUGUCCUCUCGUUAUCAGAUCCUUUAACUGAGAUAAGCGACAGAAGGAAGAACAAGGCGUGAGCUGUUUGGCAGUGGUCUUGGAGGGAGGGCUACGCCUUAAUGGUCCAAUUCUAAAAAGGCAUGAAACUGAGUGAAGAUUAAAGAUGCAUGCUGGAGGAUGCUCUCCCUCUGCCAGGCUGUACGCUAAGGAUCUGUAUCGUAUUUCAGCUGCAGCUGUUCGAGACCUCUCUGAUUUAAUACUGUAAAUCUGUGUUUGGUGGAUAAGAGAUAAUCACAUAUUACCACUGAAUAGAAAUCUUGAUAGUAUACAUAACAGCAAUGACAAUCUGAACAGAGAGUUUGCAUUAUAUACACCUAUCUCUCUCUUAGACUGUUAAAUGUACUGUAGUUCAUUCUAUGCAGAAAUCAGCAGAAAUGUGUCUUAAAGAGCAAUUUGUUAGCAGCCUAUGCUACUUUGUCUCGGUGAAUAUUUACACCAGGUUAAAGAUUUUUUUUUUAAUGAUACUUGUGUAUCAGUGGUUAUUAUUUUUUUUUUUUAAAUAUUCCUAUGCAUAUUUUAUUGGAACAUGUUUUUGCUAGUAUUGCCUUAUAUUGUGCUGCAGUGUCUGUUCAUACAUUAAUUUAGUGGUGAUGUGGGGACAUCUUGUGGUCAUCUGCUGUAAUAGCACCUUUACUUCACAGUCCUUUUGCUCAUUUAAUGAGUUUUUUCUUGCUUACUUUUAAUGAAAAUUUGUUUAUUUUUAUAACCAAAGAUAGUGUAAAAUUGCAUAUUUAAUUUAAAUUUAGAGUCUAGAGAAUUUAGUGCCUGCUGCACUCACAGAGCUCAUAUUACUCUUUAUAUAGCCUGUGAAACCAUGGCAACACUUGCUCCUAAACACUGGGUUGAAUAUAUUUUAGAAUCAAACGUUUCAUCAUUGCAGGAGUUUCUCAUCAAGAUGAUGCUGAUGAAUAGCAGCAGAGUGGUGGUGUUGUGCAUAUUCUGGUGUGAUUUAGAUGAAGACUGAUGGUUACCCAGGGCUCCUGGAAUGUGAGAAGUAGUAGAUAAACAUUUUGGGCACUUUACAUUGUAAUUCAGGGAAGAGCUUUUUUUUUCAGCUUUGGAUACUUUAAGUAAUGGUAAUCUUCCAUAACUAUACAACAGUAACUCUGUUUUGUUCCGUGAAAGUAUAGGUGUGUACCGUGGAAGCUUCGUCUCUAAACCUGAUUUUUAAAGAGCAAGCAAGCUUCAGUAGUUUUGUAGAGCUAUACUGUGAAUGUUCCAGCUGUCCAACUGCAUCAUAUUUUAUUAAGUUGUUCUUUAAAAUCUCCACUAAACUUUGAGUAUGUGUUGAACUACUAAAGGAAUUUCCUGUCUAAAUGCAUGCAUUAUAUUAAUCCAUGCAUAUUGGCUCUGGCUGUGAAGGACAUCAGGUGUUGCAGCACGUGACUAAACUUUUUCAUUGGUUAAACCAAGAGUUAUGAUACAGAAAUGUACUUUUUUUUUUCUUGCAAUGUUUGCAGGUCUGUCUUGCGCUAAGUGUUUUAAAUGUUUGACUUUCACUGCAUUUAAUGGAACUUUGGAGGAAUUCAAACAUGAAUCCCAAAACGUUACAUUUCCCACUGGUCAUUUCAGGAUUUCAUCUGAUCACCUGUUAACUGAACACAGUCUAUCCUGAGAUGUUUUAAGAUUUGAUGAAAAUAGCUGAGAGAGAUCAGUGCUGUGAGGUGGACUGUGCCAAAUGCAUAAUGUUAUAAUAAAGAUGUUGUAUUUGUGA